UUUCAGAUGGCGUCUAUUAUAGAAGAGGAAUCACCAUCUACACUUGCAUUUAUGGAGCAUGCCUUACAACAGGCCAAAUUUGCUCUGGACAACCUAGAAGUCCCUGUUGGGUUUCUUACAUGUUGGGACCUUGACUUGGUGAUCCAAACCAUUAAUCUGAUGCCUGCAGGAUGAAUAUAGAUACUCUCUGGAAUCUUCCAGAUUGGAAGAUCCUAAUGCUUUGACCAAUGGCCUGUAAAUAGACAACCGAUUAAAAAAAUACAAUGAUUGUCCACAUUCAACCGAAGACAAUCCAGAUCAAUGGUUGGUAUCUUCCAAGCAGAGAGAUUUUAGGGGAUGCCCCAUCCACAACAGGGCCCAUAUGAUCAAUGGUGUGGAAUCUUGAUCACCAGAUCAAGGGCUCCACAUUUGUGUGAUUGUGGAGGAUGGAAAGGUUAUUGCCUGUGGGAGCAACCGGACCAAUGAGACACGAAAUGCUUUUGCUUGGCUUGCGGGAAGGAAUAGGAUGCUCAUGGUUGACAGCUUGCAAAAGAGAUCGUUGGCAAUCCCCAAUUGUUGUCCAAUGUGCAUGGAGGACGUGGAGUCGGUGAAUCACUUGUUCAUCCACCAUGCAUUCGAUCAGAAGGCUACUAGACAUGCUGAGAUGGAGGCGAUAGAUGUUCUCCUUGAGAAGUGGCAAAAGAUGGGACUUUCACAGUUAGAAGCUGCAGAAAUUUUUUCGCGAUGUGAUCUUUAUGUUACAUGCGAGCCAUGUAUAAUGUGUGCGGCAGCCUUAUCAAUUCUCGGAAUACAAGCAGUUUAUUAUGGCUGUGCUAAUGAGAAGUUUGGAGGAUGUGGUUCCGUCUUAUCACUACAUGGAUGCAGUCCUGAGCAAUUCUUUAGUGACAGUGGCAAAGCAUCUCAAGCAAAGGGCUUCAGAUGUACUGGUGGAAUCAUGGCAUCAGAGGCAGUCUCUCUUUUCCGAAGUUUCUAUGAUCAGGGAAAUCCCAACGCUCCAAAGCCUCAUAGACCAGUUCGGAUAUCACAAUCAAUAAAUGGGGUGACUCGGAUGAGCCAGGUCGAGUCAUUCUCGAUGCUGACCCAUGGUGCUGAACCGGAUUGGACUUGCCCGAAUCUGAGCUGACUUGGAAAAGUCGCAUCCCACCCGACCAUCCACGGGCUUCUCAUUCCAUAUGCAUGCAUGCAUAUAAGCCUAUGCACAAGGAUUUUGUUAACAUGCUACCGCAUCAUCUGCGUCCCUUCAUCAUAAUUGGCUCUCUCAAUCUAGGUCUUGGGAUAAUUCACUGGAAAUUGUAUAUUGGGUCGAAUGUUACCAUCUUAAUAAAUACAUCAAGUCCAAUAUGAAGUAUUAUA